AUGCGGGCACCCGGAGCCCGUGACUAUGGACUCGACUACCACACAUUCAAUAAAGCUGAACUCGCGAUGUCGUUCUCUGUGGAAAACUUGUUCAAUGUAAAGGGCAAGGUUGCGUUAGUGACCGGUGGGUCGCAAGGGAUUGGAAAAAUGAUUGCUACUGGGCUUGUACAGAACGGGGUGAAGGUUUACAUUAGCUCCCGUAAAAAGAGCGAAUGCGAUAAAACUGCUCAAGAGCUCACAAAAAUCGGCCCUGGUACCUGUAUUUCCAUUCCUGCGGACCUACAAGACCUUGGUGCAGUUAAGCGAUUAAUUGAAGAAGUAUCAAAGAAUGAAAAGGCAUUACAUAUCCUUGUUAAUAACGCUGGCGCUGCUUGGGGAGACGGAAUCGAUUCGUAUCCGGAUGCGGCAUUCACAAAGUUGUUAACUCUUAAUGUGCAACGCGUUUUCACUUUGACGCAGGCUCUGUUACCACUUCUUCGAGAAGCCGCAAAGCAAGGUGGUAAGGAAGAAGGGGGCUGGAAAGAUCCCGCAAGGAUAAUAAACAUCGGGUCGGUCGAAGGUGAGCGAGUGCCUCGUGGUGAAACAUACGCAUACAGUGCCAGUAAGGCUGCUGUUGCACACCUGAGCCGUCACCUUGCCGGAAGACUUGGAAGUGAUGGUAUUACAAGCAAUACAUUGGCCUGUGGCCCGUUCCAAUCCAAAAUGAUGGCCGAAACGUUGCGCACUCAGGGGGAUUCGAUACUUGCCAACGUCCCGCUGGGUCGUAUUGGUUCUCCGAGUGAUGUGGCUGGAGCAGUAUUGUAUCUGUCAUCCCGUGCAGGUGCAUAUGUUAACGGAGCCACUAUCGCAAUAGACGGAGGAAGUCUGACGCAGGACUGGAGCUAUUACGACGCGAUUUACUCAUUCAACAUCUUUUCCUUGGUUGUUGUUCUCGGGUAUAAUUAUGGGGCAAUAUCAUCGCUUGUGCUGACUGCGGACCGCUCUGCACUUCCUCGGCGCGAUCGAGAGCCUGACGGUGCCCCCGAGACUCUCGUCGGACGUAUUGACCCUAAGCAAAUGGGCGAUCGCGUACAACGUGAGACACCAAAAGACCUCGAAAAAAAGAAGAAAAAAGCCGCCGCCCAGGAUGGCACCGAAAAAGCUGCAAAGCGCAAGGGCCCAGCUACUGGGUUUGGAUAUGCAGAUAUUAUCGAGGCUACACAGGAUGUCGAGGGGCUUACGUAUCGACCACGGACAGCCGAAACCCGAGAAGUCUACGAGAUGAUACUUGCUUCGGUGCACCAGGCGCUUGGAGAUCAAGCUCAAGACAUUGUUCGAAGUGCCGCCGACACCGUACUGGAGACUCUCAAAACCGAAACUCUCAAGGAUUUCGAUAAGAAAAAGCUAAUCGAGGAGAUCAUCGGCACUAUCCCGAACGAUGUUUUCGCACAGCUCGUUAACCUGUCGAAAAAGAUUACCGACUAUUCUGCUGAUGACGAGACCAUGGCCGAUCCCGAUAUGGAGCGCAAGGAUGCGGAAAUAGAUGACGAAGUAGGCGUUGCGGUCGUUUUUGAGGAGGAAGAGGAAGAAGAGGAAGACGAGGAUGGGGGAUACGAAAUCCGAGAUGAAUCUGACGACGAGGAAGCCGGGGAAGAGGAAACUGAGCAGACCGGUGACGGCCAGGCAGCUGAAGACGAUGCAGUUGUUUUGGGAGGAGAAUCAAAGCGAGCUGGAUCCUCAGCUGCAACCAGCGACAAGGUUUCCCCUCAUGACAUUGAUGGGUUCUGGCUUCAACGCUUGCUCUCUGCCACAUACACCGAUGCGGUUGCCGCCACUGACAAGACGACUGCUGCUCUUCAAAUCCUGUCGGCCGAGUCGAGUCUGCGAGACUGCGAGAAUGAACUGAUGGAACUUUUCGACUACCGUAACGAUAUGUUCAACGUGGUCAACCUUUUGACCAAAAACCGGGACGUCAUUGUGUGGUGCACUAAGCUUGCCCGCAGCGACGACAACGAGCGGGCGAACAUUGAAGUCGCGAUGCGAGAGAAGAACGUAGGGUGGAUUCUUAAGGCCCUGGCUGGUGGUAGGACUGCUCGCGCGAAUGGCGAUGCUAUGGAUGUCGACCCCAAACUCACUAAGAAUGUUCCGACUACCGCGACGCUUGCUCCCGGGUCGACUAUUCAGCCUCGCAAGACCGUCGAUCUGGAAGGAAUGGCGUUCAGCCAAGGUGGUCAUUUAAACUCAAACAAGAAGGUCAAACUCCCAGAAGGUUCAUUCAAGCGUACAAAGAAGGGGUACGAGGAGAUUCACAUCCCCGAGCCCAAACCUCGCCCCGCUGUCCCAGGCGAACUUGUCGAAAUAUCCCGCCUUCCUGCCUGGGCCCAAGAAGCGUUCCCUGGCAUGCCUACUCUCAAUCGCGUCCAGAGUAAACUUUUCCCUGUUGCAUUCGGCCAAGAUGACCCACUUCUUCUUUGUGCUCCGACUGGUGCUGGCAAGACCAACGUAGCGAUGUUAACGAUCCUCAACGAGCUUGCCAAGUCCCGGGACGAAGAAACUGGGACAUUUGACCUCGAUUCUUUCAAGAUUGUCUACGUGGCUCCCAUGAAGGCACUCGUCCAGGAGAUGGUUGGCAGCUUCACUAAACGUCUGCAGCCGUUUGGGGUCAAAGUCGGUGAACUUACCGGUGACUCUCAGCUCACCAAGCAACAAAUCUCAGAGACUCAGAUCAUUGUUACGACUCCGGAGAAGUGGGACGUUAUUACUCGUAAAUCUACCGACACCAGCUACACCAACCUGGUCCGCCUUAUUAUCAUUGACGAGAUCCACUUGCUCCACGACGACCGCGGCCCUGUUCUCGAGAGUAUCAUCGCUCGAACAAUUCGUCGCAUGGAACAAAAUGGCGAGUAUGUGCGCCUUGUUGGCCUGUCGGCUACGCUGCCUAAUUACAAAGACGUUGCCAAAUUCCUUCGCGUGGACGAGAAGAAAGGCCUAUUCUAUUUUGAUGCAACUUACAGGCCUUGUGGUCUUCGUCAGGAGUUUAUCGGCGUCACGGAGAAGAAGGCUAUCAAACGGUAUCAGGUCAUGAACGAGGUCUGCUACGAAAAAGUACUCGAUCAUGCCGGAAAGAAUCAAGUCCUGGUCUUCGUUCACUCUCGCAAGGAGACGGCCAAGACAGCCAAGUUUAUUCGUGACAUGGCGCUCGAAAAGGAAACGAUUACCCAAUUCGUUAAACCGGAAUCUGCGAGUCGCGAAAUCCUGCAGACCGAAGUGGAGACCGUCAAGGACAGGAACCUAAUCGAUCUACUGCCAUUUGGAUUCGGCAUUCACCACGCGGGGAUGACUCGUGAAGAUCGCACCCUGGUGGAAGACCUAUUCAACGAUGGCCAUCUCCAAGUGCUUGUCUGUACUGCCACGCUCGCAUGGGGUGUCAAUCUGCCUGCCCACACCGUUAUCAUCAAGGGUACCCAAAUUUAUAACCCGGAAAAGGGUCGCUGGACAGAAUUAUCGUCUCAGGAUAUGCUUCAGAUGCUCGGGCGAGCCGGUCGUCCCCAAUACGAUACUUUUGGCGAGGGUGUUAUUAUCACGAACCACAGCGAGUUGCAGUACUACCUCAGUCUGCUCAACGAACAGCUUCCUAUCGAAUCGCAAUUUGUGGCAAAAUUGGCCGACAAUCUAAACGCCGAGAUUGUGCUUGGAAAUGUGCGGAACCGGGACGAGGCCAUCCAAUGGCUAGGGUAUACGUAUUUGUACGUGCGAAUGCUGCAGACACCAGUUCUUUACGGGAUCGGCGUCGAUUACUCGGAAGAUGAUCCGCAUUUGAUCCAAAAACGUGCAGAUAUUGCACAUACAGCUGCAGUGAUGCUCGAGAAGUGCAAUCUGCUCAAAUACGAUCGAAAGACCGGUGCAUUUACAUCAACCGAACUUGGACGCAUCGCAUCACACUAUUAUGUUACCUACAACUCGAUGUCGGUUUACAACCAGCACCUGAAAUCCAAUAUGUCGACAAUUGAGCUCUUCCGAGUCUUUGCAUUAUCAAACGAAUUCAAGCUCAUUCCUGUACGGCAAGAAGAGAAGCUCGAGUUGGCCAAGUUACUGGAACGAGUUCCAAUUCCAGUCAAGGAAGGUGUCGACGAGCCUCCCGCCAAAAUUAAUGUUUUGCUGCAAGCGUAUAUUUCCCAAAUGAAACUUGACGGGUUUGCUUUGGUUGCUGAUAUGGUUUACGUUACCCAGUCAGCUGGACGUAUCCUCCGGGCCAUGUUUGAGAUAUGUCUGAAACGGGGAUGGGCGGUUCCUGCCAGGGCCGCACUGGACAUGUGCAAAAUGGUGGAGCGCCGGAUGUGGUCCUCAAUGACGCCGCUCAGGCAAUUUGACAAAGUACCAGCAGACGUAAUUCGCAAGGCCGAAGGAAAGCAGUUCCCGUGGUAUAGAUAUUUUGAUCUGACGCCCCCUGAGAUCGGGGAAUUGAUUGGUAUCCAAGCCGCCGGCAAGCUCGUACAUCGUUUGGUCCACAGCUUCCCCAAGCUUGACCUCCAGGCCCACGUUCAACCGAUAACGCGCUCGCUUCUUCGCAUCGAUCUUACGAUCACGCCUGAUUUCCAGUGGGAUGAACGCGCGCACGGAACUUCACAAGCCUUCUGGAUCAUCGUCGAAGACGUAGACGGCGAAAUUAUCUUGUUCCACGAUCAGUUUGUGCUUCGCCAGAGAUAUGCUCAGGCCGAACACACAGUGACCCUCACGAUCCCCAUGUUCGAGCCCGUACCACCAAAUUAUUACGUCUCGCUCGUAUCUGACAGGUGGCUCCAUUCGGAAACACGCUUGCCAAUCUCGUUCAAACACCUGCUCCUGCCCGAGAAAUUCCCUCCCCCGACUCCCCUACUUGAUCUUCAGCCUCUGCCUGUAGUUGCCCUUCGGAACAAAGAAUUCGAGGCGAUCUAUGCGUCGAAACUUGAGACAUUUAACAAGAUCCAGACCCAAGUCUUCCAAGCGCUCUACAAUUCGGACGAACACGUGCUCAUUGGGGCUCCGACAGGGAGUGGCAAGACCAUUUGUGCCGAGUUUGCGCUUAUGCGGCUGUGGCAAAAGCCUGAAGCGGGCCGAGCAGUAUGCAUCGAGCCGUAUGCAGAUAUGGUUGAACAACGUGUGGCCGAGUGGCGAGCCAAAUUCGGCAAUGUUCAGGGCGGGAAAGAGAUAGUCUCCCUCACCGGUGAAACCAGUGCGGACUUGCGACAACUUGAACUCGGUGAUGUCAUUGUUUGUACACCCGAACAGUGGGACGUGCUUUCCCGGCGUUGGAGACAACGUAAAAACGUGCAGAACAUAGACUUGUUGAUCUGCGAUGAGAUCCACUUGCUAGGUGCCGAAAUUGGACCAGUAUACGAAGUCGUUGUAUCGCGCACGCGGUAUGUUUCACGAGAGACAGGUCACAAUGUCCGUAUCGUCGCGUUUGGCGUGUCGUUGGCUAGUGCUCGCGAUUUGGGCGAAUGGAUGGGUGCCAGUGCUCACAACGUCUUCAACUUUUCUCCUGCAACGCGACCACUCCCUCUCGAAGUCCACAUUCAAUCCUUUACGAUCCCUCACUUCCCCUCGCUUAUGAUCGCCAUGGCCAAGCCGACCUAUAUUGCGAUCAAAGAUUACGCACCGACCAAGCCUGUGAUCGCAUUUGUCCCCUCACGACGUCAAUGCCGCCUUACCGCGGAUGACAUUCUCACGUACUGUGCAGCUGACGGAGACGAGGAUCGGUUCCUCAACAUUGAAAUGGCAGACCUGCAGCCGCAUUUGGAGCGCGUGUCUGAACCAGGACUGGUCGAGACCUUGAAGCAUGGAGUGGGGUACUACCACGAGGCACUGAGCAAGCAGGACAAGCGGAUUGUGGAGCGGCUGUUCGAGGCUGGAGCGAUUCAACUGGUGAUUGCAUCAAGGGAAACGUGCUGGAGCUUGCCGCUUACUGCGUACAUGGUCGUCAUCAUGGGCGUGCAGCACUAUGAAGGCAGGGAACACCGAUAUGUGGAUUACCCUGUUCCGGACGUGCUUCAAAUGAUGGGCCGCGCGUGUCGGCCUGGAGUGGAUGCGUCCAGCCGAUGCGUGCUCAUGUGUCAACAGACGCGCAAGGAGUUUUACAAGAAAUUCUUGAGCGAGGGCCUACCUAUCGAGUCGCACCUGACGACCAACCUGCUGCACGACUGGUUCCUGGCCGAGACUGCUGUCAAAACGAUCGAGAACAAGCAGGACGCGACGGAUAUCCUGACAUGGACAUACUUUUACCGCCGGAUGAUGCAAAACCCGAACUACUACAAUUUGAACAAUCUGGGCCAUGAGCACUUGUCGGACUAUUUGUCGGAGCUGGUUGAAAACACGUUGAGCGAGCUUGCCAACUCGAAUUGCAUUGCCAUUGAGGAUGAAAUGGACGUGAGCCCGUUGAAUUUGGGUAUGAUUGCGGCGUAUUACAACAUUUCCUAUGUGACGGUGCACGUCUACGAAAUGUCGCUCAAGGAAACGACGAAACUCAAGGGUUUACUCGAGAUUGUGUCGUCGAGUGCCGAGUUCGAGUCGAUCCCGAUCCGGAGGCACGAAGAUGGACUGUUGCGCCGGAUCUACGAGCGUGUGCCGGUCAAGAUUGAUUCUGCCGACUACGAGGCGCCGUACUUCAAGACGUUCCUAUUGCUGCAAGCGCACUUUUCGAGGCUGACGCUGCCACCUGACCUAGCGGCGGACCAAGCGUUGGUGCUGGGCAAAGUGCUGAACCUGCUCUCUGCGUGCGUGGACGUGCUGAGUUCCGGGGGCCGGAUGAACGCAACCAACGCGAUGGACUUGAGCCAGAUGUGUGUGCAGGCCGUGUGGGAGAGCGAUUCUCCGUUGAAGCAAAUCCCACACUUUGACGCCGAGACGAUCAAGCGCUGCAAAGCGGCAGGUGUGGAGGCCGUGUACGAUGUGAUGGAGAUGGAAGACGAUCAGCGGAACGAGGUGCUGCAGAUGGAUGCCAGGCAAAUGCGCGACGUGGCAGCGUUCGUCAACGCGUAUCCUUCGCUGGAAGUGUCGUACGAACUUGUGGAAGGCGAGUAUACUGCCGGAGCACCGAUUACGAUGAAUGUUACACUCGCACGGGACGCCGAUGACGAAGACGGGGACGAUCAAACGGUGGUUGCGCCAUUCUACCCGGGGAAGAAAAUGGCGCAGUGGUGGCUCGUGGUGGGAGAUCCCAGGACCAAACAGUUGUUGACGAUCAAACGGGUGACCGUGGCCAAGACGCUGCGGGUCAAACUGGAGUUUGCGUUGCCGGCGGGAGAACACCGACCGCAGCUGUUGGUGAUUUGCGAUUCGUACAUGGGGGCGGACCAUGAUAUCCGGAUGGACGGGAUUGUGGUUGGGGCGGCGGUGGACAGCGACGAUGACGAGGACGAGGACGAGGACGAGGACAUGUCCGAGUAG